UCCUACGGCAAAGCUAAAACACUGUCGUUUUUGUUUAGUGCAGUCGUGUGUAGUGUUUGUUUUUAACAGUGAAGUGAAAAAUGAAGUGGCUUUUGUCUCUAUUUUUAUUUGUGAUAGGCGUUCAUGCUCAGGAAUCGAAUUUUACGUUCACGUAUGAAAUGGCAACACAUUGCAAAGAACACAUCUGCCAGCGAGGCUACAGCUACGAUACGUACUACAGCGUGGACGCAGAAGACAGAAAGAACUACAACUCUGACGGAGUCACCUUUGAGAUGCACAUCGCGAUCCAAGCUGGCAGCAACGGGCAUAUACUGCUGUCUUCUGUAGCCUAUCCGGACCAUAAUGAUCCGGUUUACGAAAUAGUGGUUGGUGGUGGUGGAAAUAAGUUCACAGAGCUACGUAGAAACCUAAAGAGGAACGCCAAGGCAUCAUCGGUCACAGUUGGUAUACUUUCAGCUGUGGAACUGCGAGGAUUCUACAUACGGCUUAAAGACAACCUAAUAGAAUUCUCAAGAGAAGGAGCAACGGCACCAAUAAUCAAAUACUAUGACGUGUCCCCUCUUGACAUCAAGUUCUUCAGCUUCGCAGCGUGGAAUGGCGUUGAAGCGAAGUUCUUGUACGAUUGCCCAAGACCGGGAGAAGGUUCCAACGAAACAAGACACUCAAAAGAAAUAAAGAGAAGACUGUCUGACUCCGAGCAACUGAAGGAGGAUCUACUGAAAUACAGGAGUCCGAAUAUGGCACCGGGUCCCAAUGUCAGUGUGUCUGUGCAUGUCAACAUCACUGGACUCAAGUACAACGCGUUUGAAUCUAAGCUUACGACGGGGAUAAGUUUGAUUACUUUCUGGAUAGAUGAAAACCUUGCGUGGGAGCCUUCGAAAUUCAAUAAUGUAUCCAGUGUGUCAUACCGCCAAGGUCAGAUUUGGAGACCGAUGUUCCAGGUUUAUAACGCUGACAACUUGGACGCGUUAAAAACUAUCGGCCACGAACUGAUUUGGGUGUACCCUGACGGCUAUGCCAUAUUCCACUCGAAAGCUACCAUAGAUUCGUGGUGUUUCACUGAAACUACUAUCUAUAAUAGCUGGCCCCAUGACAGCUACUCGUGCUCCAUCGUGAUACAGCCUUGGGAAGCGCACGAGACGAUUUUCUUAUCAAUAUUGACUUACGACAUGCUACGUCUAGCAUUCAUAUACCAAGAUGACUUGGUCGAAAACGAAUGGGAGGUGACCAAGAUCACGCAAUUCAUUGUACCAGCAGUGAAGUGGUACCGAAUGUAUCCUCGUAGCAAAGUGAAUACCACCCACCAUGGGGACCGGCUGGUACUCAAUCUGGACUUUCAGAGGAAGCCGACGAAUUACAACAUUGUAUUCUACACCCCUUUACUUGUGCUGGUGACCUUCGUCUUAAUGUCGUUCUGGAAUAAGCCGCUUCAAAUGUCCCGAGUUUGGUUCUAUGCUGGAGCUACCAUACUCAUUUGUAUUGGAUUAUGUUACAUCGAGUACAUGAUGCCUUGUCACACUAUUCCUACGAUUUUGGUACUCUACAUAACGGUGUUAGGAGGCAUUCUACUGGCGAUGCUGCUUCAAGUGAUAAUGAUGACUUCUGUCGCCGAAAGGUUGUGCAAGACAAUGGUAAUGCAAAAUCUACUCUCCGCUUAUUGGUUUAGGGCGGUGUGUUGUUUGCCAGUUAUCAAGAUCUGCAGAAACUACAACACGAUCAAUGAAGGGUAUUCGACUCAAGACGAUGAAGAUUACUGCGAAAUAGACCAAGGCAAGAGCAAUGUGGAAGAGAUGCAGACUGAAGCCAACAAGUACUGUGAGAAGGAGGAAUUCGCAGAAGUAGUUGACAAGAUCUUGUUUGUUGUCUACUCUGUGACGUUCGCCGUAAUGUUAGGCUUACACUAUUAAAGAUGAAGUUAUGUCUCGAAAUUAAACAAUAAGAGUAGGCGCACACCGUUGAUUUUUAGUUGGCCGAUAGUUGUGCCCUAUUUUAAAUUGUAUGAAGAAUCGGCCAAAUCGAAUUGGC